AUUUAAAACAAUACAUUGUAAAACUUAAAUGUUUUAAAUUAACUUUUGCAGAGUUUUGAGCCAAAAAAAUAAUUUUAAGUGGACUAAACUAAGUGAAAUGGAAGGAGUUAUUACAACUAUAAGCGGUCUGAAAAGACCUGCGGCUGCUGCAGUAUCCUCUCCGAAUAAAAGAACGAAUUUUGUUGGUAUUUCUCCAUUGAAAGAACUAACAAAUAUAAAAACCCCUACAGAUAGACCCUUUAGGGUAUCGAUAGAAGGGAAUAUAGGGGCAGGAAAGUCGACAUUAAUUGAGUAUUUCAAGAAUAUGGAGGGAAUUGAGACACAUCCAGAACCGAUUGCUUGGUGGCGUAAUCUCGAGGGCCACAACUUACUCGAGCUUCUCUACUCAGAUAUACACGAAUGGCUGAAAGUUUUCCAGAGUUACGUACAGUUUACCAGGUUACAAACGCAAACAGCCCCUCCGAAAGACAGCUCUGUGAGGGUGCAGAUGUACGAAAGAUCGAUACAGAACAAUAGAUUUUGUUUUAUGGAACAGGCUUACACUAACGGUUACCUUCAUUCGGCCGAUUAUGAAGUCCUGGACGCUUGGUAUAAGUGGAUUAGGGCUAACGUGGAUAUUAGUUUAGAUUUGAUUGUGUACCUUCGAAGUACACCCGAAGUGGUUCAUGAAAGAGUUAAAUCAAGAGGUAGACCCGAGGAAUCAGGGCUGUCUUUGGAAUAUUUGCAACAGCUGCACGACAGUCAUGAGAAAUGGUUGAUGACAGAUGAUGAAAGGUUUAACACGAUACCAGUUCUUGUAUUGGACGCUGAUAAAACUUUGAGCGAAAUUUACGAACAGUACAAGAAAAAUGAAGAAAAAAUUCUUGGAUAUGACAAAAAAGGUACGAAAGCGCCCGUCGAAAAAGGAGAAAAAGAAAAAAUUAAAAAAGUUUUAAAUCUAUCAUAGAAUAUUGUACUAUUGCUAGUUUUUUUUUAUACACUACAUAGUCAAAGAAGCUUAGCUUUAAUUUUUAUAAAAUUUUAAAACAUUUUUUCUAAAAAAAUGUGGGUAUUUUUUAUC